CGUGAAGAUGGAGCUUUUCAACGGCGGCCGGGAAACGUUCCCUCAUCAUGUGGCGCCAUUCCCUGAUUUAACGGCUAUUGGUAUGAUUGAAUCAGCGGAGGACUCAAUGAUGGGAGAUCAUCGUCCAAAUCUGCCGCCGCAGAAGCUGCGUCCGAUCAGGUACAACGGGAGGUCCCCGGCGAGCUCUCAGGCGGAGGAUACUUCGGAGUUCGCGGAGGUAGUUGAACUUGUGGGUGACGAGGUGUGUCCGGUGAACGGAGACUCCGGUGAGUACUUGGAACCUCCUGUCAAAGCCGAAGUUGGUGACGUGGUGGAUACUGGCGGGGGAGAUGGGCCGCCGAACUCGGAGCACGGGGGGGACUCUUCAAGCAGCUCAUCUUCAGAUAGUGAUGAUAAUGAUAUGUCGACAACUUUGAAUGAACCUUUAAAUAGGAAGAGGAAGCGAAAAAAAAGUAAAAAGAUUGAGCUUUUCUUGGAAAAAUUGGUCAUGAAAGUGAUGGAGAAGCAGGAACUGAUGCAUAAGCAGUUGAUAGAGACGAUUGAAAAGAGGGAAAGGGAGAGAAUAAUUAGAGAGGAAGCAUGGAAGCAGCAGGAGAUGGAAAGGAUAAAAAGGGAUGAGGAGGCAAGAGCUCAAGAGACAUCUCGCAGCAUAGCUCUCAUUUCCUUUAUAAAGAAUGUGCUAGGCCAUGACAUUGAGAUACCCGUACAAUCAACAAUUUCAUGCAUGGAGGAAACUGGGGGCAAAGAAAUGAGUGAAGGCCACAUUCAAAAGGACAUGAUUAGUCUGUGUGAUCCAAUUAAUAGAUGGCAAGAAGGGAAAAUGCAAGCCAAUGGGGGUGAAAAUCAUGUUCAUGAAGACAUUGGCAUCAACUGUGAUCCAAGUAAUCGAAGAUGGCCGGAUGCUGAAGUGCAAGCCCUUAUAAUGCUUCGAAGUGCUUUGGAACAUAAAUUUCGUGUUACAGGCUCCAAGUGCUCCAUAUGGGAUGAGAUAUCUGUUGGGAUGUAUAACAUGGGCUACUGUCGAAGUGCAAAGAAGUGUAAAGAGAAAUGGGAAAACAUCAAUAAGUACUUCAGAAAGUCCAUGGGAAGUGGCAAGAAGCAUCUCGAAAAUAGUAAGAGAUGCGCAUAUUUUCAUGAACUGGACAUGCUGUACAAGAAUGGACUUGUUAGUCCAGCAAACCAUGUGAACUGGACCAAAGAUGAGAAUGAGGACAGGGGUGAAUGUCAGUAAAAUUAGGAUUGCUUUAACUUUUAUUAAGGUGGGUUGUGAGUGCAGGGACAUCAAAGCAUGAAAAGCUAGGAAAUGUUGAUAGAUGAAUUAGGACUGGUUUUGGGGAUUCCUAUGACUGCAGUGACCCCAAAAGCGGGUUCUGAGAAUGUGAUAGGGGCCUGAUAUCAUUGCAUUUUAGACUUUUGAUUUAAUAUCCAUUUUUUGUUAAAAACUAUCUCUGAGUCAUUGAUAUAUAUCCUCUUGUUCUGUUAAUUGUUGACUGUUUAUAGAAGAUGGUUAUGUAUAUAGUUAGUUGCUAGUCCUAAAUCAUCUAGCAAAA